AUGGCUCGGCGAACCGGUCACUCCUCAAGAUGUGACUGCAAAAGAUCGGUCAAAAACCCGACAAGGGCAUGCUCUCACCGCCUGCCUGGCCUCACGGCCGAACCCCGUGGCUUAAUCGCCUACCGCCUGUGGCUGCGAAGCCAAAUUACAACGGCCGGAUCGCUGACUGCAAUUGCUACCGCGUGCAGACUUGUUCCUUCAUCUCACCUUCAUGACAAUUGCUCUGUCAAUGUAGAGCCAAUCGUGGCCUCUGAGCCAAUCGAGCCGAUGAGCCAAGCGGGCCAUCGAGCUAAUCUGUCGAUCGCAUAUCGACCUGUGCGCCUAUCGAGGCGACAAUACCCGCAACGCAGCGGAGAUGCAAAUCUCAUUCCAAGGAGGAGCGAGUCAUCCCCAGGAAGGGGAUGCGCGGCCUUUGAGCCAAUCGAGCCGAUGAGCCAUAUGGGCCAUCGAGCUAAUCUGUCGAUCGCAUAUCGACCUGUACGCCUAUCAAGGCGACAGUACCCGCAACGCAGCGGAGAUACAAAUCUCAUUCCAAGAAGGAGUGAGUCAUCCCCAGGAAGGGGAUGCGCGGCCUUUGAGCCAAUCGAGCCGAUGAGCCAAAUGGGCCAUCGAGCUAAUCUGUCGAUCGCAUAUCGACCUGUGCGCCCUCAAGGCGACAAUACCCGCAACGCAGCGGAGAGACAAAUUUCACUCCAAGGAGAAGUGAGUCAUCCCCAAGAAGGGGAUGCGCGCGUGGGAUGCCAUUGA